CACGAGCACGUGACUUCCGGAGGCUGGCCAAAAUGGCCGCCUCCAGCCUGGUCCUCGUCUUGCUGGCUGUGGCUCUGGGGUCCCUGUUGCUCGUGUGGCGGGCCCGGAAACGGCCUCGAGUGCGGAGCGCGUGUGUAGUGGUGCUCGGGGACGUGGGCCGGAGCCCUCGGAUGCAGUACCACGCGCUGUCUCUGGCCCAGCGCGACUUCGAUGUGACCCUGCUGGGAUACCCUGGCUCCAAACCUCAUGGUGAACUCCUAAACAAUAAGAGAAUUCAUAUUUUGCACAUGCCUGAAAUUAAUCGAAUUCAAGUUGGUCCCCAUAUAUUUCAGUAUGGUAUAAAAGUGAUCAUCCAGGCAGUACUCCUUCUAUAUACCUUGCUUUUAAAGACUUCUCCAGUGGUUUACAUUUUACUCCAGAAUCCACCUGGCCUGCCCAGCAUUGCUGUGUGCUGGGUUGUGUGUUGUCUUCGUGGAAGCAAGCUGAUCAUUGACUGGCACAACUAUGGCUAUACCAUCUUGGGUCUGACACAUGGCUUUGCCCAUCCUCUUGUACAGUUGGCUAAGUGGUAUGAAAAGCUCUGUGGCCGCCUGUCAGAUCUGAACUUGUGUGUGACCAAUGCGAUGAGAGAAGAUUUGGCAAAGAACUGGAAUAUAAGAGCUGUGACUGUCUAUGAUAAGCCAGCAUCGUUUUUUACAAAUACUCCCCUAGAGACACAACAUCAGUUAUUUAUGAAGCUGGGCCAGGCCUACUCGCCAUUCAGAGCAAGCACAGAACCCUUGGACCCAGCCUUUGAGAGAUCUGCAUUUACUGAGCUCAAUCCUAGGAACAGGAAGGUGACACAACUUGAAGGGCGACCAGCUUUGCUGGUCAGCAGCACAAGCUGGACAGAAGAUGAAGAUUUCUCCAUCCUGCUGAAAGCUUUAGAAAGGUUUGAACAAUGGAUCAUUGAUGGAACAAACCUCCCUUCUCUAGUCUGUGUGAUAACAGGUAAAGGACCUCUUAAAGAGCAUUAUGGCCAAAUCAUCAGCCAAAUGUGCCUCAAGCAUGUUCAGAUCUGCACACCAUGGUUAGAAGCUGAAGAUUAUCCUUUGCUUUUGGGAUCAGCAGAUCUUGGUGUCUGCCUCCACAGAUCCUCUAGUGGCUUGGAUCUUCCCAUGAAAGUGGUGGAUAUGUUUGGUUGCUGCUUACCUGUUUGUGCAAUACAUUUCCAGAGUUUACAUGAACUUGUGAAACAUGAAGAAAAUGGCAUGGUCUUUAUGGACUCUGAGGAGCUUGCAACUCAGCUGAAGAUGCUCUUCUCAGAAUUUUCCAGUCCUGAUAACAGAUUGAACCAGUUCAGAAAAAAUCUUAAGGAAUCAAAGCAACUUCGCUGGGAUGAGAGUUGGGAACGGACUGUGUUCCCUUUGUUUACUCACACUUGAACACUUUGGCUAAAGACUUGAAUUCAAUAAAUAUCUUUUAAGUAAAACUUACUGUGUACAAGGUACCGUGCUAAAAUGCUGUAGAUAAAAAAGUUGAAAAAAAUUGCAUUUUUGUCCUUAAGUAAUACAUAGCUUUGCAGAGGAAAGAAAUGUGUACAAUACAUUAGACAAUAUAGGAGAGGGAAAAGAAUGUCUUGAGUUUCAGAGAGGAACUAAUUCUUGCAGAGAGGAUUAUGAAAAGCUUCAUGGAAGAAAUAUUACCUGAACAAGUUAUGAAAAAUAGUCUGAACCAGAAUAGCAGGUUAAGGGGAUUGAAAUUUGGGGAAGAGAGAGAAUUAUUUCAGCCAUGCCUGAUGCUUUAAGCUAGAGAAGAUAGUAAAACUAUUCAUUUAGAGAGAUAAAACAGGACAAGAAAUAGGUUUUU